AUGUCAUCGAAGCUGGAGCUCCUCGAAGCUGAGGCUUCGGACACAGAGAAGCUCGCCCAGGUACGUCGAAAGAUCGCGGACCCGGAAGACUUGCCAGAAGCGGUGGAAGAUCCUGGUCGCGUAGGUGGCACAGUGCUCAUCGUCACCUGCGGCAUGAAGAGGCCACUGAAAACUCCAAGCGCAGGAGUUCGCCUUGACAGCGACACAGACAAGCCUGAAGGCACGCGGUCCGAUGCGGAAAGCGAGGAUGAAGCCUCUGGAGGUGGCGAUGCCGAGGAGACAGGUCCUCGUGGUGCCGUGCGCCGCGCAGUGCGUGACCUCGGUGCUCCACGGGGUGCUGUCCUGGGUGCCUCAGAGCCCAACAGCUUCGGGGAGGUUGUGGCCGGGGUCCCACUCACUGCCAAGAAAGAGUACCCGCUCGACGCCGGCAUGAUGGUCCUAGGUGCCUUUACUGGUGCUUUGGGUGUGCCUUUGCUUUUCCUGAUAUGGGCCGUCCUGGAGAGACGAAAGCCGGAAGGUGGCGCAUUUGGCAAACUGCUUGGAGCGAGUGAGUGA